AUGGUCAAGGGCAAGGCCUUCCGGAAGCAGUGGAAGGAGAAGCGGAAGCCCACGAACACGCGAGCCUCCUCCCGGGCGAAGAGCUUGCGACGGGUUCCCUUCGAGGAGCGCCAGAAGAGCAAGCGGGAGCUCGAGGAGGUCAAAGCCAAGGCCAAGGAGCUCGAGCAGGCAAAGAAGGAGGUCAAGAGGCAGAAGGCCAAGAAGAAGGAGGAGAAGAAGCGGAGGAAGGAGGAGAACGCCAUCAAAGCGGGCCAGUUCCAGGUCAUCAAAAAGACGGAGAAGGUGCGGAAGUGGCACAAGAACGCCAGGAAGAUGCUCCGGACGAUGAGCUCGGAGCAGAUCGACCGGCACGUCCAGGCCUCGCUCGGCCGCAGGGCCAUGGCGGGGGUCGAUGACUGCGGCAGGGAGCCUCGACACGCGGUCGGUGACGUCUUCGACGUCGAAGUCGUCGAAGUCGUCCAAGUACUCGGUUCGGAGCUUCAUGUCCAAGGCCUGAGCGCGCUCACGGGCUCCUCACGGAAAACGACCGCGUCAGUCGCGGCCAUGGUGGAUGCGCUCAUGGUGGCCGGCGACAUCUGCGAGAGCGUGUCUCUGGUCACUAUCCGGCGGGAGGAGAGCUUGGAUAGCGGACUCGUUUGCGAGACGCCUCCUGGCCAGACCCUGGAGAUCAUAGAGGUUGGCCAAGGCCGGCGCGUCAAGGUCAGGACCAACUCAGGAAUUGAAGGUUGGAUCAGCACCAAGACAAAGCUCAACGAGCCUCUAGUGGUGAAACGCCCGGGACAGAAGGAAGUCGAGUUCGCAAUGGACGGCUGGGAGACAGGGAGCCAGCAUGAGGUCAAGUCUAUGGUCACCGUCAGGCGCCAGCUCUUCAGCUUUCGGGCGGCAUCACAUCGACCUGAAUCACGACCACCGGGUCUAAGGACUGGGGAGAGUUUGGACAGCGACGUGAUCGGUGAGCUGAAGCCAGGCGCCAUCUUCACCAUCAAGGAGUUCGGGGCCACCAACAAGACCAAGAAUGGAGAGAUGCUUGUCGGCAAAGGCGGGCUUGCUUUGACCACCGCGAAGCCUAAGUGGGCAAGUUUCGUUUCUCAAGAGACGGGUCUCCUAAAGUAUUCCCCGCAGUCUGAAGCCUUCGGAAACACCAAGGAUUUCUGCAAGCCAGGGGUCGAGCUUUACGCGAAAGCUUCCGUCGAAUGCUUGGAGUUUCAUGGAUACUUGAGAAGUAAGGUUCGGCACAAGCGCUGGGAAGAUCAAGGACCUCUCUGUGGCCUGAACGACCUUCAAGAGAUGCUGGAGGCCGCGCGAUCCGGGGACGUCGACGCGUUGCGGAAGGCGGCCAAGUUCACCCAGAAGCCGAACUUGAACGCCUCGGACGUCCGGGGCAAGACGGCCGCUGUUGUGGACUACCUUUUGAGCAAGGGCCGGGAGAUCGAGAUCAAUGCGGCGCCACGACUGGUGGACGACACAGACAAGACCGCCUUACACCACGCUGCCAGAAGGACUUCGCCAUCGGAUGAGGAGCGUCAGGCGGACAUCAUCUCCAUGCUUCUCACGGCCAAGGCUUACAUCGAGGCUCGCGACCACAAUGGAUGCACUCCUCUGAUGUUCGCAGUGGCGAAUGGAAACGAGGCCAUCACCCGCAGGCUCAUCCUGGCCCAGGCCAACGUCAACAACUUCGACUACGAGAACCACUCUUGCCUGAACUAUGCCACCCAGUUCAACCAGCACAAGCUUGUGAACUUGCUGAAAAAGGCGGGCGCCCGGGACAAGCUCAGCCUCGACGAUGAGGACGAGGAGGAGGACGAGGCAGAUGCCUCCUCCCCCGUCUCCGGAGGCAAGCUGAAGCUGCCCACUCUGGAUCCCGAGACGGCUUCCUGUGCCGAGUCCCUGUCCACGGAGGCACCGGCCCUUAGUCCUGAAGCUGCGGUGGGGGAGAGCGCGGUGUCACCAGCCUCGGCACUGAGUGCAGCGACUGCAGGAUACCCGACUGACGCUGAUCAGACGCCGGGCGCAAAGAAGAAGGUCGCGAAGAAGAAGCCCAAGGAGGGCGAGGAAGCCUCGCCGAGUGAUGGCGCCGCCAAAAAGAAGAAGAAGGAUGGGGAGGCAACCAAGGGCGAGAAGGGCACCAAGAAGAAGAAGGCCAAGGCGGAUACCGGCUUGGGCGAGAAGGGCAUGAUGGAGGCCGUGGCAGCGGAGGCGGACAUGGCAAUCACGGUCCAGGAGCCGUCGGAGAAGAAGGACGAGGCGGCGCAGCCGCUGGGCCCCACCGACGAGGAGCUCGCCAAAGCCGCGGAGAUGAAAAAGGCCAAGCAGAAGGCUUCCGACGAGCUGAAAGAAGCCUCGGGCGCAGGGGAUGUGAAGAAGCUUGAGGCGGCCCUGGAGAAAGCGCGCAAGGCCGAGGUCUCCGCAGCGGAGAUCGAGGCAGCCGAGAAGGUGCUAGCCACAGAGCGCUUGAGGCAGGAGGCCCGAAAGAAGCUGCAGGCCGCCAAGGACUCCGGCAACGUCGAUGCUCUGAAGGCAGCCCUGGAGGAAGCCAAGACCUCUGGCUUGGAGGGUUCGGAGCUGAAAGCAGUGGAGGACCUGAUCGCAGCUGCCGAGUCCAAGGAGAAGGUCGAGGUCGCGCUCAAAACAGCCACGUCGGAGAGAAAUGUCCAUGGCCUGAAGUUCGCCAUCCAGCAAGCAAAGGAGGCCGGCAUCGAGGCCUCCCUCAUCAAGGCCGCCGAGGACGUGCUCUUGGUUGAGGAGCCAAAGCUGUUAGCCCGAGAGCAACUUGCUGAGGCUUGCCAGCAGGUGACCAAGGCAGGCUUGAUAGCGGCAAUCGAGGCCAGCAAGAAAGCAAACCUCGACGCUGGCGAGUACGCCAAGGCAGAGGAGCUUCUGAGGCGCGAGGAGGAGAAGGAGAAGCUGCUGAAGCGGGUCAACGAAGUGCUCGCGGAGUCCCAGCAGGUCGACAUGAAGAGCAUCGACGCUCUCCGGGAAAUGCGCGAGAAGCUUCAGACGGCCUUGAAGGAAGCUCUUGCGGCCGGCGUUGCAGAGACCGACCUUGUAGCCAUCGACCAGCGGCGCAAGAAGCUGCACAACGCCGUGGAGGACCUCAAGGGCUCCAUCCGCGUCUUCUGCCGCGUGCGGCCGCUGAGUAAGAAGGAGACGGGUCAGGGGGACACCAGCAUUUGCGAGGCAGUCGACCAGAUGACAGUGAAGGUCAAGGACGAGCAGUUCGGCUUCGACGCGGUCUUCACUCCUGGAACACAGGAAGAGGUCUUCGAAGAUUGCCGCGACCUGGUGCAGUCGGCAGCCGACGGUUACAACGUCACGAUGUUCGCGUACGGCCAGACCGGGGCAGGCAAGACCUUCACGAUGUACGGCGCCAAAGGCAACGAGGGCACGGCACCGCGGACGAUCCAUGAGAUCUACCGUGUUUGCGAACAGGGCUCGGACCGAUUUACCUACACGGUGAUGGGGUCCAUGCUGGAGCUGUACUGCAACGCCAUCGUGGACCUUUUGGCCAAAGGCAACCCUAGCCAGUCAAAGGCGAAGCUGAACAUCCGGCAAGAGAAGAGCGGAUCAGUUUACGUGGAGGGCCUGCAUGAAGAGCAGUGCAACUCAGCUGCCGAGCUCAUGGCCAUGCUCGAACGGGGGAACGAUCAGAGAACCGUGGCGGCAACCGCCAUGAACUCUGAGAGUUCGCGAAGCCACCUCGUUCUGCUCAUCAAAAUCAUCAGCGUGAACAAGGAGACCAAAGAGACGCUGAAGGGCAAGAUGCUCAUGUGUGAUCUGGCGGGCUCUGAACGACUAAAGAAGUCGGAGGUGACAGAGCACCAGCAGAAGGAAGCCAUUGAAAUCAACAGAUCCCUCACCGCGCUGGGUGAUGUGAUCGAGGCGCUGACCAAGGGUGGCAAAGGCGUUGUCCCCUACAGGAAUCACAAGCUGACGCAGCUCAUGCAAGACUCGUUGGGCGGAACUGCGAAAACGCUCAUGUUCGUGAACUGCUCACCGGCCAGCUCCAACCUAGAUGAGACAUUCAUGUCUCUGAAAUAUGCGCAGCGAGCGAAGAAGAUCACCAACAACACGGCGAAGAAGUGA